AAUGGUUUAGUCAAGUUCAAGCAAUCCGAGAGUUCUAUUCGCCGUCGUCGCAUUUGUGUUUCGUAGAGGAUCACUCCUACAGGUUUCCUUUAGUUCACCGUCAUGGAACUUGAGAAUCAAGUGUGACGCAGUAAUCUACAAGUUCUCUACAGUAACGUUUGCCUGUGCAAGUUUUAGAUCUUCCGCUCGGCUUUAGGACAUAUCACGUUAUGUGCAGCUUCGAGUAAUGUGUAAAAAAAAUAAAACUGUUAGAGGUGAAAAACUUCGGCAUCAGUGAUUUGAAAAAAACUUUUACAGAUCUAUAUUUUUGGUGCAAUUUGUGUGGAAACAUUUGAUACUUUUAAUAAUAUUUUAUAAUAUUGAAAAACUCUAGCUUCUAAUUUUCUUCAAGCAUAACGAUCAUUAGAUCACAUAAGAAGAUUGAUUGCGCGGAUAAUGAUACUAUUUAAGAACAAGAGAACAAAUUCAGAAACAGGCUUCUCGAUCACUUCCUGGCUUUAUUUAAGUUUUUGUUUUGAAUAUGUAAUUGGCUUUGUCAUCAUUAGUUUCUCAGUUAUUCUUAAUAUUAUAAAGUUGUUACUACCAAAACCGCCAAGGAAUUUGACUGGCAAUGUAGUUUUGAUUGCUGGUGCCUCAUCGACGCUCGGCGAGUUCCUCGCCGAGGAAUUCGCAAAGAACGGGUGUUCUGUGAUUUGUGUAGAUGACGACCUUGAAUCCAUGAAGAAGAUGAUUGCUAGGUUGCGAUCACGUUACCAUAGAGUAGAGGAAAUCGGAUCUGACCAUAGAAAAUACGAGUCGGGCGGACUAUCUACGAUAGUCGCGUACAAGUGUAAUCUGAUGAGCCGUAGAGCUAUCCGUGAAGUCGCUUGGAAGAUCGAGCAUAAGUUCGGCGACAUCGAUGUGUUGGUGACCGUUUGCCAACCUGACUCGGAUAUUUAUAAUGUAGCAACUACGACUCUUAUGAGACACUAUUUGACAAUGAUGACAUUUUUGCCGUUCCUACUACAAAACAAUGCGUGUAUCGUCGAAGUAUUACCAGUCUCGACCAUCGAUACUACGUAUUUAAGCUCGAGAACAGCUCUUGUCAAUUUGAUGGAAUAUUUGAGUGAAGAAUUAAACGAUCUUUGCGGUCAUUGCACCUUUCUCAGCAUGUCAAAAAUAGCGAAACAUCAAAGUUUAAUCAAACAAACCGAACAACAACUUGCUUUGGAGGUUGUACGAGCGAUAAAAGGAAACUUUGCAUCCAGCUGGUGGUCAAAGAUACUGUAUCAAGUAGGUUAUAUGAUCUACAACGCAAUAACGAUGUUCACACAAUGGCUUCACACGCAAGAAUGCGAUUAUUUCCUAUGAAGUCUGUUCUUGCUCAUGAAGCGUGAAACAUUCCAAAGCCAGCGACCGCCAUGAGUGUGGGAAUCGUGUUUUUUCUCUUCUCAAAUUUGCUCGGAAUAAACGGCAAAGGACUUUAAUAAUUAUCGUAUCCCAAAAAUUUGAACAGCAACAAGUUUUUCGUGAAGUGUGCAAAGAUAAAAUAAUAUUAGUGCUAAUAAAAUACCACUUAAUUGUAAUAUUAAUAAUAAUA